GGCCACCCCGCGACACAUUUCGCGGGGGGGAACUUGUGUGGCGCCCGCCGCGGAGCUUUCUGGAAGCGGCCGGGGGGCUCCGGGCGCUGCGCGGCGCUCGCGGCCCCGUCCAUCGGCGCGGCGCCGGGGGGGGGGUGGGGAUUGCGAUUAGGCGCAAUUCGGGCGCCAGGCGGGCCGCAGCGAGGUGACGGGAAGAGAAUAAGGAAGGACAGCCCCGCUGCCGAAGGGUGCCGUGCGGAUCUGCUCUUCAGCGUGUGCGGAAAGGCAUGGCGUCCAAAGCACUGGUGGCCGAGAGCCCCGCUCCACUCGCGCAAGGAAGCCCUGAGGAGCCCUCCAGAAGAAGGCAGUGGGGGCUGCUGGCCACGGGCGCAGUUGGCGGGGUGCUGGUGGCCCUGUACGCCGUGGUCACCCCCUUCCUGGUGCCGGCCCUCAGGAAGGUCUGCCUGCCCUUCGUCCCCGCCACCUCAGCGCAGAUCCAGAAUGUCCUGAAAAUGUUGCAGGGCAGGAGCGGCUCUCUAGCUGACAUUGGCAGCGGGGAUGGCCGUGUUGUGAUAGCAGCUGCCAAAAUGGGAUUCAAAGCUGUUGGUUAUGAGUUAAAUCCCUGGCUAGUCUGGUACUCCAGAUACCGUGCCUGGAGAGAUGGGGUACAUCACAACACCAAAUUCUAUAUCUCAGACUUGUGGAAGGUUUCUUUUUCCCAUUAUACAAAUGUUGUUAUUUUUGGGGUACCUCAAAUGAUGCCACAGUUGGAGAAGAAACUCAAAGAAGAGCUUGAAUCUAAUGCCAGAAUCAUCGCCUGUCGUUUUCCUUUCCCUUGCUGGAUCCCAGAUCAUACUACAGGAGAAGGAAUAGACACCGUUUGGGCCUAUGAUUUGAAGAGUCCUAGAGGAAGCGAAAGUAAAUGCUUAGAAACAACACCAGCAGCAGAAUCUUAAACAUCUAAUGUGUUCAUGUACUGAAAUUUUCAGCUUUGACUUUACCAGCUGGAAGAUGAGAUUAGCAUGAAAUGGAGACCAGGAUUUUGAGGUGUAUAUUCUCUAAAAUAACUGAAGUACAUUGGUUAUCUGAAAACACAAAAAGGUUUAGUUAAAGGACUUGGUGUGUUUAGUAAAAGUAUUGGAAAGUGUUACAGAAUCAGAAAACUUUAGUAUAGAAAACAGGAUAAAACAGGGUUCAGUACUGUUAUGGGAAGCAUGUGUGAGUUCAAAUGCUCAAAUUGGCUAGCGUAAAACCAGAGGUCAUUUGGUCCAAGCCCCCUGCUCAGGCAGGGCCACCUGAAGACAGCUUCUGAGUAUCUCCAAGGAGAAAGCCUUUGCUGCACAGUGACUAUGUAAGUUUGUCAGACCUCUGCACAAGUGCUGUCUGGAGAUCUAAGCUUGAACAAGUUAGGGAGUUGCCACCUGACAGCUAGGCGGUUGUUACCAUACCUAAAAUUAGCUCAGGCCAAGAGAAGCAGAGAAAUGCUGCUCUUGGGUCAACACAAACCCUGUGACAUUUCAUUAGCAGUUACAAAAACAUGUUUCUUGAGUUUAAGGUAUCUGACUUGAAGAGAAGCUGGUUGUUAUUUGGGAUGUGUAGCUACAGGUAUACUUGUCCUCGAGCUUUUUCGUGUGUGUGUGUGGGAGGGGAGGAGGAAGGAGAAUGUGAAAUAAAAUCCUCACUGAGGAGAUGAAAUGACGCAGUAGAUUUUUUUUUUCUCCUUAUACUGUAUACAAAACAGGAGAAGAAAGGGGCAGAUGUAUCCUCAGGAGUCUGCGAAAGGAGAGAUUAUUUCAGCCUCACAUAUGGCAAGGCACAGCUGUGAGCACUGGGGCUGUAUGUCCUGAAGAACACUGAUUACUAGUAAACCAUCUUUUACAGCAUUUCACUGCUGUGUAGCAUAGUGGGUCUUGUAAAACUACACUAAACUCUUUCCACCACGAUCUAAGAGCUAUAAAUACUACACAAUGAUAGGACUGAGCUACAGUGGCUUAUCUGAAUGUCUGCACUUACUUUAAUAUCCCAAGGCCAUAAAGCUGGAAUCUUGGACAAAGGAAGUCUGAAAAUAUUUCCACCAAAAAGAUGGUACAAAAGGGGAUGUUGGGUAACUAAGCCAAGAGUCCUUCCCUGAAUGUUUAUAAAGGAGAAGAGGCAAAAAUUUUGGUAAAUUGUGACUCAUCUGCCAUGCAGUGCUUUCAGCCAAGUUUCUACUGCUUGCUUUUACCAAUGGUCACUAAAGUUAGUUUGCAAGGAAUGAAGUAGAUAUUUGUUUUCCUUUUUGUUUGGCUAUAUAUUUGCAUAUAUAUAUUGCAUUAUCAGUUAUUUGUCUUUUAAAAAGGAAAUCUGAAUUUCUGAAUUGUACAUGUAAAGACUUUGGAGCGGGCUUCUUAGUUACCACCUGUGGCUCCAGAAAUACCUGUUAAGGAGGGCGAGAUAAGGAAUUAAUGACUUGAUGGCCUGAGCUUUAGGAACACUAAGUACAGUUCUCAAGGCAAGGAGAAAUUUAUGAUGGCUCUUAAAGUGAAGCAGAAGGCUGUUUCUUACUCUGGACAUUUACCUUUUGUUAAGUGUCUCUGCUGAAGUAUACAGUGGUCCGUAGGUUUUUAUUCCUUAUUACAUAGAGGAAUGCAGUGCGUUUCCUGCUUCCAUGGCUGAAGUGUAAAGCAGAAAGCAAGCUACUCUGCUUUACACAGGAGGAUUGGGAAAGCGCUUUUUGUCAUGUCAUCCUCAAUUUUCAUGAUCACUCGUGUUGGUAUUUAAUCAAGUAAACUAUCAGAGGAGCACAACUGUGGCUUCAGUUAUCACUGUAUAGAUUAUUAUCUUGAUACAUUUCCAAUUGCUCAGGUGAUUAUGAUUUCAUUGAUGUGCUGCUUCGAAGUACACAUUUGUUACUUAUGGAAACCAAGAAAGCCAUAGAGAACUGGCUUAAUUAAAUUACAGCACAAGUCUGAAGCCACAAGAAGGAAACCCCCAAGCUACACUGCUGUUCAAUACCGAAGUAAUUCAGAUACACAGGAAAAAAACAAAACAACAGUAGUUUAUCUUUGUUUGCAUCUUCUAGUAGAAUGACUUGACUUUUGGGAGCCACUUGUUUCAUCCUUUCCUCAUGCUGCCAGAUCUUAGCAAAAAAAGCUGCUACAUUUCUGAAAGAGUAAUGCUUUCCUGAAAUCCUGUAGAAUUUGAUCUGUUUGAAAACAAAAUGGAUUGGAGUUCUUUUGGACUUGGACUUUCAAAUUAUUUUUUAUUUAUUCUUUGAGGCAUGUCGUGUCCCCCAUGGGCUUCGUGGUGCAAGAUCAGUUGCACCGAUGCUCCUAUUACAUAAUCUUGUAGUUUUCUAUUUGACACGAAUUGACUUUCUAGAGAGAAGGACAGUGGUAUGGUUUCAAGAGAGCCAUCCUAUAUUGCAGGUCGCUCAGUAAGUACUGCACAGUCAGUAUAACUACAUAAGUCUCAGCUAAGCUUGCCCAGAAUUGUUUGUGAAAUAUACACGUAUUUUAUGAGUUUUGGGCAUUUCUGUGUUAGUAGGUAUAUUGAAGUUCUUGAUUUACCCUCUGGAGUCUGAUUAUAUGCUGUCAUUUAAUCUAACACUACUCCAAGGAAGCUAAGCCUCUGUCUCUGCGCUGCUGUUUGUUUGUGACUCAUGAGUUGUAACCAGGUAGGAAAAUAAGGAAUCAAAUUUAAAAUACACUACCACAUUCCACAAGGCUGCUUGAAUGAGUAUGGUUGGUGUGAAAACACUUCGAGAGCUCAGGCUUAGGGAAAGCCUUUAAUGAAGGACACAUCUCAUAAGGUGAUAGAGAUCUCCCAAAUUCUGUGGGUUUUUUUGUUGUUUUUUUUUUUUUUUUUUUUUUUUUUGUGUGUUAACAUAGACUUUUCUCAUGCAUGUAAGUUUUAACAAAUAUUGCCACCACAAUACCAUUCUGAGAUCCAAGAAGGAAGUAAGCAGAGGCCGCAUCUUGUUCAUCUUCUAUGUGUUGAAGUAUGGGGAGAAAAGAAGGGUGCCUCACAGCCCAAGUAUGGCAGUCCGAACUAUUUCAAAAGCAGUUUGACAGACUCAUCUUAGCUGUGUGCAUUUCUCAGUGGAUGGGUGCAUCCUUAGUAAGAACAGGCUAUGAUGAAAUGGGAGUCAGAAAUGAGUUAGCCAGAUACCACGGUGCUUGAAUGAACACUAACUCUUCACAGAUCACCUCAGGCUUCUCUAGAUUGUUUUUAUGUUGGUUUGCAAAUACUGAAGCAUUGUUCAAGAAACCACGAAUCCUUCGGGUUCAUGAUUGAAGAGGGCAGCCUAAAAUCAGAUUUAAUGACAAGAAAUUCUGAUUGGAGUUUUUGUAACUUUACUCAUCCAAAAUUAGCAUAUCUCUAGUUUUGUAAAGUAGCCACAAUUUGUUUUUUAGAAGUAACAUGUUUCUGCCAGAAUAGUUCUUGAAAUCUUGAUUAGAAAUUGUGACCUCUGUGUUUAACAGUUAAAAAUCACCCCAAGUAUGAAAGCUGCAAAAUAAGGAUUUUCAGUAUUUUUCUUUCUAUGAUAAUCUUUCUAUUCAUCCUUGUGUGCUUUACCGAGGAAGACUUUUACAUGGUUAGUUAACAGUGUUUUCUGCAUUCUGUUUUCUGCUAUCUUCCUCUUAUUUCAGCAUUUGUUUUUAUUUUUCAUACCGUCUUUAACAGUUUUGACUAUUUGUCUUCAUAAAUUCAUCAGGUCUUCCCAUUUCCUUUCAUUUUCUGUAAACUGGUUGCCUUUUUCCAGCAAACCUUGCAGAAAUACUAAAUAUAUUGCAGGAAUGUCCUCUUUCUCUGUAACUUUUUAACAUGUAUUUAACUAACCCACUUGAUUUAUUUAGCUGUCUGUAUGCUGACAUAAGCAUGAUUUUUGUUUCCAGUAAAUGAAAGAAAAACACAUCCAUCCAUAUGGUAUUAGACUGAAAAACAGCCUAGGUCUACAACGGUUCUGGACAUUUAGUAGUUUUAAGUACUUAAUUUAGCAUUUUUAUUAUAUUUCAUCACUUGGGAAAUGAAUACAGGCUUUUUAUCCAUUCAGUAGUCCUUUUCACUUGGGUUAUUUGUUCAGGUGGGAUUUUUGCUGAUUUCUUUUUCUUAGUGUAAUGUUGGGUUUUCUAUUAGAGGCUUUGGCUGAAAUGUUGAACUGGUGUUUUUGCUGUGAAUUGCUGCGUGGUCCUUGAAAAAUCACUGUAAUACAAUCCAGUGAACUGCUAGGAUUGGUUAAAAAAAAAAUAAAAAAGUAAAACCUGCUUACCAGUAAAUGUGAAGGGAUACUUCUCUGCUUACUGUAUGUUGAUGUUUUUUUUAGAUGAAGUAAGUUUUGGAAGUCCCAUGUAAAGCCUGUGGGAUAAGGUUUUGAGGUCAUCAGAGGUCUUUGCAAGGUCGGAAGCAGUAAAUUAAUGGCUUUCAACCUGAGGUCUGUGGUCUGCUUCUGGGGAGUCCAGAUGUAAUUUAAUAGGCAGGUCUACUGUCAGUAGGUUUGUAUUUGAUACUGUAGUCUUGUCUUUCCAUUGGAAAAUUUUACUGUGUCUUAAACAUCUGAGAGUUACUGAACUAAAAAGUACUGGUUUAGGUACGAUAUUAUGGGCUAAUGGGAAUGAGUUUGUCAAAGGAAUGGAUUUUUCUUGUCUUUCUCUUGUCCCUUGCAUUGGGCUGCUGAGCCUUGAACCUUUCCUUUAUAACAAUGUAUGAGUCUCUGCCUCUUCUUGUAAGCACACAACUUCGUAUCUCCCUGUGAGGGCAGGUGCAUUCUAAUCAAUUCUAGCUUUGAAAAUGGAAAUGUGUGAAGAGCACAGGGAACGAAAUACAAAACCACUUGAGCAUCAGUGUAAGUUCUGGGAGAGAAAUGUGCGGUGUGGGGUAAAAUCAAAAUGCAAGGGGCCUUCUCUGUCACCAUUCCUCUAGCCACCUAAAAUUUUAUGUCUUUUUUUUUUUUUUUUUUUUGUCCCCUGGCACUAUGUAGCUCUUUUUGUAAGUGUACCUUUUCUUUUUUUCCCAUGUUUUUUCCUCAAGCUUUUAGAAUGCACACACAAUUUGAAAUAAUUUAUAUGUCCAAAUGUGCCAUUCUUUAAAUUGUCUACAGGGCUCCUCAUCUGUGUCCCCGUAUUUAUUAUUGCUUCUUCCUUUUCUUCUGCACAUGUAGAAGCCAGAUUUAUACUCUGACUACCUGCAUGCUUAAUUCAUAACUAAGUUUACCAAUCAAACACCAAUUAAGGUUAUUUGCAAACACAGAUCUCACACUGAAGCAAUUUUACAAAGAUUCUGAGCAUGAACAGAACAAGUAAUGUUCAUGAUGCGUGAAUACCAAUGUUAUUUAUGAUGGGGAUGGUAGGAUCUCGUGUUGAAAUACAAAUAAACCCAAGCCCUUCCAAGUGAGGACAUUACCAACUCAAAAGGAAACUGCAUUUAUCACCCUGAGAAGCUGAAGAAAUAGUUUCUAAUAUGAACACAGUUGCUGGUUUCAGCAGCUGGCUCACCAUGAGUUAAGUAUAGCAUAGGUCAGAUCCAUAUUGAUUUAACAAAUGGUUUAAGUUUCUUAGAAUUGCUCACUCUUUUCUUGUAAACCUCCUGGACAAACCAUCUAAAUCAGGUUGUUUGCUCAUUCUAAUAAAAAUCCUGAUCAAA